AUCUUCUCAAAUCAUGAAAGUGAUUGAAAGGAAUUUUAGGCUAACUGUUCUAAAUCAGAUUGCCGGGAUUGAAGCUGGUAAAGCAUUGUAUGUGUUGAAUGUAUUUGCAAAUGAUAUUAGCUUUGAUGGGUUUAUUGAACACGUAAGGAGUAGGUUGAAUUUGUCUACGGACCACAAAAUCGAAAUACUCUGGGACUGUAACUUACUACUUGAUGCAUGUGAUUUCUUUGAAAUGCUUAAAUGUGCUGAGCAAGAUGAGGAUGGAUUUGUUAUGUUAGAUUUGUGUAUAAAUGGUGGUGAAGAUGAUGAUAUGGAUGGUGGUGGUGGGGUUCAUAUGGAAAGAAGUUGUGUAACUGAUCCUAGAUUUAGAAAGAAGAUGACUCCAAAGAAGAAAUGUGUCUCUAAGCCAAAUAUGACACCUAGAAGAAGUCCAAGACUGCAAAAGAAGUCGAAGAAGCAAGAGAAGUUAAAGAAAAAGCUACCUACAAGACUGGAUUUUGAAGAUGAAGCUCUGAAUGAAGUUGAAGUUCAAGUUACGCAGGCUAGUGUGGCUGAUAACCAAGGAGUAGUAGAUGUGAAUGAAAGUGAAGCAUCCACACAUGCAGAUAAAUUGGAAGUCACACGUGAUGACGAAGAAGAUCAACCAGUAAAACUCCCAAAUAUAGCUGUAGAUGAGUGUAACCCGGAUGAUAAUUUUGAAUUUGAGUAUGAAUCAAGUGAUGAUGAAAUUAAAGGGAGGGAGAAAAAUGUUGAAGGGUAUGAGACUAAUGAUGAUGGGUAUUUUCCUUAUGAUUAUGCAGAUGUAGAAGUUGAAGAAGAUGAUGAGGGGAAUAGAACUGAUGAUGGUGAGUCCAAUGGUGAUGUUCUUGGAAAUGAUGAUGUGUCUGCAAGUAAUGAUGUUCCUGCAAACGGUGAUGUACCUGCAAAUGUUGAUAUACCUGCAAAUGGUGAUAUUCCUGCAAAUGGUUAUGUGCCUACAGAUGGAGAUACCCCUGAAGUGCCUUGGACUGAAGAUAUGGAAGCUGAGUGGCAAUUUUAUUUUGGUGGUACAAAUGCUGAGGACCCGGUAGAUUUGUCUAUGCUUGAAGAACCAAUUCCUGAACCUACUCCUGGUGUGUUGAUGAAGGGGAUGAUUUUUCCAGAUAGAGAUGCUUUCACAGAUCAUCUUAGGUACUAUGCAGUGAAGACGAAGAACAAUUUUAAGUACAAGAAGCUUGACUUUGAAAGAGUUGUCGCUGAGUGUAUGAAUAAAGACAAUCAAGGUUGUAAGUGGGAAGUUACUGCAAGAAAAAUACCAAAAGAGGCCACCUUCAGCAUCAGAAAAGUUGGUGAAGAACAUAGUUGUGUUGGUCCUGGAGAUCAUACGAAUCCUGCUUGCAAUGCAAGGUUUGUAAGUGAGUAUUUGAAGAAGAAACUAACAGCUACGUCAACAAUUCCAAAGGCUCGGGAGAUAAUUGAUGACUGGAUAUGGCCAGCUUUUGAUACAUAUGUUCCAUAUUGGGUUGCAAAUGAUGCAAGGAAUAUGGUUUUACAACACUUCAAUGGUAGUUAUGAGGAAUCUUUUGCAAAGAUUCCGAAUUUGUGUUCGGCAGUUACAAGUCUCAACAAUGAUAGCAUCGCCACAUUUACAUAUGAUGAGGCGGAUGAGACAUUUGAGACUGUAACUGUCUGCUUUAAUGCACAAAUCCAAGGGUUCAAUAAUGGUUGUAGAUCAGCAAUUGGACUGGAUGCAGCUCAUUUGAAGGGAAACCAUGGUGGUGUUAUGAUGUGUGCCACUGCUUUGGAUGCACAAAAUUGUUUGUUCCCUCUGGCCAUUAUGAUUUGCAGGACUGAAGACUAUCCAAACUGGUACAAAUUUUUGAAGGAUUUGAAGCCAAAAAUUGCGCAUAGGAGGGGCUUGACCUUCAUGUCUGAUAGACAAAGGGGUCUCAGAGAAUCUGUAGAAGAGUUGUUCCUAGAGGCCAAUCAUAGAUUCUGUAUCAGACAUCUGUAUAAGAACUUUAAAGUUAAGCAUAACGGUCCUAAGUUGCUGGACCUAGUUUGGAAUGCAGCUAAAGCUUAUAAGAAAUCUCAUUGGAAGCAACAUAUGGAUGCACUGAAGAAGGUUGAUAAAGAUGCAUGGGAGGACUUAAUGAAGGAAGAUCCAUCAUGUUGGGCUAGAUCUCACUUCCCACAUGAUUGUGCAUUUGAACACAUCAAUAACAACUUUUCUGAAUCAUUUAAUGCAAUGGCUACCAAGAUUAGGGACAAGCCAGUUUGCAAGUUGCUAACCAUGUACUCUCAGAUGGUUAUAUUGUUGUUUGCCAAGAGAAAUGCAGUAGCUGCCAAAUGGAAAAGUGGUCAACUAGUCCCUGCUGCACUCGAUCUAAUUAAGAAAAUGACAGAUAACAUAAGCCAGUUUAAGACUGGUCCUUCACAGAUAUUAAAAUUUUGA